GAGUUGUCUGGGAAAUGGCGGCCGCGGGCUUGGUAGCUGUGGCGGCGGCCGCGGAGUACCCCGGCCCGGUGGCGUCCGGAGCAAACCUCUCCGGUGCGAACUGUGGGCCGAGCCCCGGGGUGGGCCCCGGUCCUAGCCCGGGCUCGUGGAGCCGCUCGGUCGACCGAGCCCUGGAGGAGGCGGCGGUCACCGGGGCGCUGAGCCUGAGCGGCCGGAAACUGAGGGAGUUUCCCCGGGGAGCGGCCAACCACGACCUGACGGACACCACCCGGGCUGACCUGUCACGAAAUCGCCUCUCAGAAAUCCCUAUGGAAGUGUGUCACUUUGUUUCUCUGGAAAGUCUUAACCUGUAUCAGAAUUGUAUUCGAUACAUCCCAGAGGCCAUUCUAAACUUACAAGCUCUGACGGUCCUAAAUAUUAGUCGGAACCAACUGUCAACAUUGCCAGUACACUUGUGUAAUUUACCAUUGAAAGUCUUAAUUGCUAGCAAUAACAAAUUGGUCUCACUUCCUGAAGAAAUUGGACAUCUCAGACAUUUGACGGAACUUGAUGUGAGCUGCAAUGAAAUUCAAACCGUACCUUCCCAAAUUGGUAAUCUGGAAGCCUUGAGAGACUUUAAUGUAAGAAGAAAUCAUCUAGUACACUUGCCUGAAGAGCUGGCAGAGGUGCCUUUGAUACGACUGGACUUCUCCUGCAACAAAAUCACAGCAAUCCCCGUUUGUUACCGGAACCUUCGGCACCUGCAGGUGAUCACCCUGGAUAACAACCCGCUGCAGUCGCCUCCUGCACAGAUAUGUAUAAAAGGCAAAAUUCACAUAUUUAAGUACCUGAACAUACAAGCUUGUAAGAUUGCUCCAGAUCUGCCGGAUUAUGAAAGGAGACCCCUAGGAUUUGGCUCCUGCCAUGAAGAACUGUACUCAGGCCGCCCUUACGGAGCCCUUGAUUCAGGCUUCAAUAGUGUGGAUAGUGGUGAUAAGAGGUGGUCAGGGAAUGAGCCUACAGAUGAAUUUUCAGAUCUGCCUCUUCGAGUGGCGGAGAUUACUAAAGAGCAAAGACUUCGGAGAGAAAGCCAGUACCAAGAGAAUCGCAGCAGUGCGGUAGUCACAAAUGGCGGAGUGCAGCAUGAUCUGGAUCACAUUGACUACAUUGACAGCUGUGCUACAGAAGAAGAGGAAACUGAUGUCAAACAACCCAAAGGCCUGGAUACAGACAGUCUCAGCUCACAGUUUAUGGCAUAUAUUGAACAACGGCGAGUCUCCCAUGAGGCUUCACCGGUAAAGCCAAUAGCUGUUAGAGAGUUUCAAAAAACAGAAGACAUAAAAAGAUACUCACAUCAAAACAGGGUUCCAGUUGAGACAUCAUCUAUGUUAUCACUGCCACUGAGUCACAAUCGGCUUUCACAUUCAGACGUGGAGCCUCAUCAGAGGAGAGAACAGUCGGUCGAGUGCAUGCGGAGAGAGGCAGAGCUUGCUGCCCUACAGUACGAGGAGGAGAAAGGAAGGACCAAGCAGAUUCAGAGAGAAGCCGUCUUGGACUUUGUCAGACAAAAAGCAUCACAAAGUCCACAGAGACAACAAGCCCCUGGAGAUGGUGAGUGUCCCUUCCCAUCCAGAAGGUCUCAGCACACUGACGAUAGUGCCUUGUUAGUGUCGCUGUCAGGGUUGGAUCGAGUGAGCUGCGUGGCUACCCUGCCUCAUUCUUCUGCCUUCACACCUCUUAAGAGUGACAACAGAGUUAAUGCCACAUCAAGCUUUCCUACAACAGAGACAGUCCAUCAUUCCCCUGCAUAUUCUUUUCCUGCUGCUACCCAGAGAAAUCAGCCCCAGCGCCCUGAAAGCUUCCUUUUCCGAGCUGCUGUUAGGGCAGAAACUAAUAAAGGUCGUGCUUCCCCACUUCCAUCUGCUGCGCCUGCCACUGACCCUGCAGAUCCUGUAACAAGACAGAGAGAAGAAGAGCUGAAACUAAUAGACCAGCUACGGAAACAUAUUGAAUACCGGUUAAAAGUAUCUUUGCCCUGUGAUCUUGGAGCAGCUCUGACUGAUGGUGUUGUACUUUGCCACUUGGCCAAUCACGUUCGGCCUCGAUCUGUCCCAAGCAUUCAUGUCCCAUCUCCAGCUGUGCCUAAAUUAACAAUGGCAAAAUGCAGGCGAAAUGUGGAGAACUUCCUAGAUGCUUGCAAAAAAAUCGGGGUACCUCAGGAACAAUUAUGUUUGCCUCUGCACAUUUUAGAAGAGAAAGGGUUGAGCCAGGUUGCAGUGACGGUCCAGGCCCUCCUGGAACUUGCCCCACCCAAGCAGCUGCAGCAGCCACAGCUCUCUGCUGUCUGAGGAGUUCCAGGGCCCCGGGUGCUGGCACAGCCAAAACAAGGAGCAGGAGGACGCGAAUGCUGGCGCCGCCUGCUCAAACAACCCCGUGUGUUCCUAGAAGCCCUGUCUUCACGAUUCCUGCCAGGAAUGUUUUGCUCCAUUUCUCCAUUUUAGGGGAGAUUAAACCCAUUGCCACUGUUUUUUGUUUUGUUUUGUUUUGUUUUGUUUUGUUUUGAAUGAAGACACAAUUUCUAAAGUGGAACUUUGAUUACUGAGGACCCACCAUGGAAGCCUAAGCUGGCUGUGCUUUUCUUCGUGGGGAGCUUCUAUUCCAUGCCAGAACCAAUGCCUUCACAGCCGGGUAUUUAGCUCUCAGAGGACAGACAUGGUAUUAUCUCUGCCAGUUCCCUGGGUGUCUGCAGCUCACUGGUUUCCACAGUUGGCCUUCAUUCUCCUAGAGCACUUGUGAAAUCCAGGUUUGCAUCAAAGGGUGGACUGUGGCCUGGGAACCUGCAUUUUCCGCAGACAUUUAUAGGUGUUUCUCAGGCAAUAGAGACUGCUGUUCCGAGACACGUAGUUAUGUGGUUUGAGGGUAGCAGCCCGACUGCAGUUUUCAACCACAUUUAAAUCAAAGGCUAUCUGUAUUAUGAUGACUCGGACUUUGCUGUCAGAGAGAACAAAACCAUAGAGGAGCUCUAGAUCCUACACAGUGUAACAGGUUUUUAAAGCCAGAGCCCAGGCCCUCCCCAGCCCAGCCCACCACCACCCCAGCUUUUCCUAGAGUGUGGCUGUGUGCCUUUCCCUGCUAGGCCCACUCCGCAGUUCUAAGCCGUGAGGUGACAUGCGCUGCCCAGCAUUGUCGGCAUUUGCCUCCAUGAGCCCGCCAUGCUGAUCCCGGGCACCCCAACCAGGCACGCUCACAACUCCCUGCUCCCGGAACACAGAGUACACAGCCCGAAGGACUGAAGGAAGUCGCAUUGCUAACAGCACUUGCAGUUGACAGCCAGUUUCCACACUCAGCAGCUUCCUGUCUCUCUCUCCUCAGUCCCUCCCAGAUCCUCCAGCUGUGCCUUACACACAGCUGUGAGCAGAGAGCAGAAGGGCCUAGGGCUGUAGUACAAAGUAGGCAUCUUUAUUUCAGUUGAAGCACCAAAGUUUUCCUUCCCUAGAUUUUGCCCUUUUAAUUGUUAGUUGUCUUUGGUGUUCACUGCAUUUAGAGCCCACAUAGCUUAAAUACUGACUAGGGUUCCACUCCCAGCACCAAGGUGCAGAGAAGCACACAAGCCUGUGAUUCCAGACAUUCUAAAGUGGAAGCUGGAGGAUCAGGAUUUGGGGCGCAUGCUAGGCAGGGACCACCUACAGCCCACCCGGGCUACAUUACACUGGGGCUGAAGAGCUGGCUCAGCAGUUAAGAGCACUUGCUGCUCUUGCAAAGAGGGUCAGGAUUCAGUUCCCAACACCCACAAGUCAGUUCACAACUGCUUGUAACUCUAAGGGUCUGAGGCACUCUGAUGGCUUCCACAGGUCCAGGCACACACACACACACACACACACACCAUAUAUCCCCUCCUUCUGGCAUGUAGGUGAACAUGCAGAGAACUCCUGUAUUUAAAAAAAAAUACAUAGAUAGAUAAAUUUGGGGCUAGAGAGAUGGCUCAGUGGUUAAGAGCACUGGCUGCUUUUCCAGAGGUCCUGAGUUCAAUUCCCAGCAACCACAUGGUGGCUCACAACCAUCUAUAGUGGGAUCUGAUGCCUUCUUCUGGCAUGCAGGUGUAUAUGCAGACAGAGCACACAUACACAUGUGUAUGCAUAAAUAUUUAAGAAUAUAUAGCCUUUCCCUAAAAGUGACUUUGAACAAAAUCAUUUUGAAUAUCUAGUCAAAGUAAUGCUUUCUCCUUGUUAGUGCAGAGAAGUGUUUAUUCGGACAGUGCCACUUUAUCCAAGUUCAAAAGCAAGUAACAGCAGCCAGGCAUGGUGGCACAUGCUUGUAACUCAGGAGACUAGGGCAAGGAGGUCAUGAAAUUUCAGGCCAGCCUGGGCUACUCAGCAAGACCUUAAGAAAGAGUAAAUAAGUGUACCAGAAGGCAUCUGCGCUCCUGCCCAACCCACCGUGGUCCUCACAGAACAACAGUCCCAGCUUGGAGCCCAGCCCAGCCCUGCCCAUCAGCAGUUCAGACUGAACAGCAGCCGCAGAGCUCACUUACACCGGCCGCAUCUGAGCAGGAGUUGCACUUUCCUUUUAACCAGCACUAACCCUCGGCAUAAUUCCUAAAGUCUGGAUCUUAAUUGUGUAGAAAAUGAGUCCAGAAGAAAUGACCCAUUAUAACACUUACAGUAGCUACAAGGGUUCCUAAGAGUAAGUUGACAUUGCGAGCAUGGUGGCACGUGCCUUUUAAUCCCAGCUCUUGAGGGGCAGAGGAGGGAGAUCUGGUCUACCUAGUGAGGCCCCAUCUCAGAAAGAUGAGGACAGUCCAGCGGUUCAGUUGCCACACCAACACAGACCUGAGUGACUAGGAAAGAGCUGCGCAGUGCUGGCGGCCAGUAACUCGGAGGCUGUGCUGCACUCCCACACGAGUCAGGGCUUUGUGAGGCCUGUGUCUUUCUAUACGUUUCCAAAUUGGAAAGGACAGUUCAUUUGUAUAUUUAACCGCGCUGGACUCCAGCGGAAGACAGAGUUAGCUGUGUCCUAGUCCCCUGGCUGGAAGCGGCUACCCGGCCAGUGCUAACAUGGAUAAGGCAAGUGCCUGCUUAGCCCUGCCUUGCCACCUACAGAGAUCUUAGUCAGCAGGCUCCAGGCUCCGGGCGGCAUCUCUGCCUAGCCCUCCAACUCCUGUAAUGAGCAGGUCUGAUGGACUCUGGGGAGGAGGAACGUUUGUACCGGGCUAGAACAGGGUAGAACAGGCUAGAAAAGGCGGAGCGGUGGGAGGUUCCCAACCGGCAGCUCUGUAAAUACACCCUUGCAACUAAUCAAGAAGCCUGUCAUUGCUUUGGCUUCCUCUAGUCAGCAGUGACUAAUAACAUGUGAUAAGCUGAUGAGUUUGAUGGAUUUUUAAGAACUAAGUACUUAAAUGGUUAUAGAAAUGAAGGAAAACUUGGCUAUGUAGAAGCCUUUUAUAGACACAUUGCAGUGAGAUGGUUUACAGCAGACUGUAUUUCUGAAAUGUUAUAAACAUGUAAUUAGUAAAAAGUUUUGUAAACAUUGACCUAUAUUUGUAUGUCUGUAAAUAUUUUGUCCAAGUUCUAAGUAUAAAUAUGUCAAUACUGUGUAUGUUAUUUUAAAUUGCUUGUAUGUCAUCUUAUAUGUGGACCAUUAAAAUAAAAGCAUGUAAUAAAACACUUGAAAUGUUCCAGCCUAAA